UAGGCGACUAUCGAUAAGCGCAAAGAUCUGAAUGCCACCACUAGAAAAACAAAUAUGGCGGAACCGUGGGUAAAAGUAAAAAAAGUGUAAAAUUUUGCAGUUUAACCGACUCAAAAUCAUCUAAUUUCCGAUUGAAACCGCGUUACAAGAUCCGCGCAGCGCGCUAAAUAUAAAUUCCGAUCUUUGGUGAACCAGAAACUAAUUGUGCGGAUCGCGCUUGUUUUCGUUGGGUGAUGCGAUGCGAUUUGGCCACCAAUUUGUUAUUACGUGACCUCAAGAACGCCGCAAAAUUUCGCCAGGCCAAAUCUAAAGAAAUCGGAAAGUUAGUGCAGCAAUACAAAACUUGCAUCGGUGGCUAGUGAUUCAAGGCAGCCGCAAUGCGAUUUGACCGCCGGAUCGGAACACACGAAAUCGAAAUCGCCUGAGAUGCCAAGGGGCUUGCCGGCGGGAAUCAGCAAGUGCGACUACUAGGACAGCCCCCAGGGAGCCACGCGAGAAACCAUGUCAGGCGGGCGUGAUAGCAGCAACAGCAGCGGGAGCAAUUCUGCUGCGGCAGGAGCCAGUACGAAUGCCACCUCCUCCGCAUCCGCCUCCUCCACAUCCACAUCCGCCUCCCCUGGAAGCACAACAUCGCCCGCGUCCACGCAACGUCAACGGGGAAGACCGGCCAAACGAGCCACAUGCACCUGGUGCGGCGAGGGCAAACUACCGCUGCAGUACGUCCUGCCCACGCAGACCGGCAAGAAGGAGUUCUGCUCGGAAACAUGCAUUGCCGAGUUCCGCAAGGCGUACAGCAAGGGGGCGUGCACCCAGUGCGACAACGUCAUCCGCGAUGGGGCGCCCAACAAGGAGUUCUGCUCGAUCAUGUGCAUGAACAAGCACCAGAAGAAGAACUGCUCAACCAGGCACAGCAGCGGAUCGGCAUCGAGCAAGGGCUUGGCGGACAACGAGCGCAAGUUGCUGGCCAGUGGAGCGCCCGCACCAACGGGGCCCUUUCAAUACGAGAGCUUUCACGUCUUCGACUGGGAUGCCUAUCUAGAGGAAACGGGUAGCGAAGCUGCUCCUGCAAAAUGUUUCAAACAGGCUCAGAAUCCUCCCAAUAAUGAUUUUAAAAUCGGAAUGAAGCUGGAGGCUUUGGAUCCGCGCAACGUCACUUCCACCUGCAUUGCCACCGUGGUCGGAGUGCUUGGCUCCAGACUGCGGCUACGACUGGAUGGAAGUGACUCCCAGAAUGAUUUUUGGCGACUGGUCGAUUCCACGGAGAUCCAUGCCAUUGGACACUGUGAAAAGAACGGCGGCAUGCUGCAGCCGCCUCUGGGAUUCCGCAUGAACGCAUCCAGCUGGCCCGGCUAUCUGUGCAAGAUCCUCAACAAUGCCAUGGUGGCGCCAGAGGAGAUCUUCCAGCCAGAGCCGCAUUCGCCAGAGGAAAACCUGUUCAAGGUGGGCCAGAAACUCGAGGCUGUCGACAAGAAGAACCCGCAACUCAUCUGCUGUGCAACAGUAGAUGCUAUCAAGGAUGAUCAGAUCCAUGUAACAUUCGAUGGUUGGCGAGGGGCAUUCGACUACUGGUGCAAUUACCGAUCGCGUGACAUUUUUCCCGCCGGCUGGUGCGCUAGAAGUUGCCAUCCCAUGCAACCACCGGGCCAUAAAUCGCGCAUGGACUCCAGCUCUAGCAAACAGCGGUGCCCUCGACCACGCUACACUGUUGUAGCUGAGUCCGAGGCUAUGGUUCCCGCUUCCCCUGCCACAGCCCACUUCCAUCCGAACUGCAAGGGCGGUCCGUUCAUCAACAAUUCCAAACUGCCCUGCAUGGUGACGGGACCCACUUACCAAACGCUGGCCAAGCUUUGCCUGCAGGAGGUUUUAGCUGCCAGCACGGAUACGCAACAGCUCUCAAAGUUGCUGUUUGCACUGGAAGGUGAUGUUCACAUCGUGACGGCAGCGGGGAAAAAUUUCACAGUAAAAAUACCAUCGCCAAUGAGAAUGAAGGAUGACGAAAGCCUGGCCCAAUUCAUCGAAACGCUGUGCACUACAUGCCGGGCAUGUGCGAAUCUCAUUUCCUUGGUCCAUGAGACGGAGGAGUGCAAGAAGUGCGCGAAUAGUCGGAAGCGUCAACUGACUCAGUCAGCCACACCGCCUUCCUCGCCAGUGCUCGCCGACAAGCGAAACCGUCAGUCCAACUCGGCAACGACAUCACCGUCUGAGAAGAAUGUCAAGCAGGAAGUGGGUGUCAAAUCGCCAGUAGAGUCCAAGUCGAAAAAUUCGACGAACAAUGGCAAGGAGCCAGCAAGCCAGCAAAACAGCAACCACAGUCUCAACAAUAACAACAACAGUGCCAGCAAGUCCAGCAACAAGGUGGUCAUAAAAUCAGAGCCCAACGGAGCGAACGCGCAGACUUCUUCCACAACGCAGGCUCUGCGCAAAGUACGCUUCCAACACCACGCAAACGCGAAUACGAAUAGCUCUGCGACAAACGGAAACCAGGAAACGAGCCAGACCACGCACGUAUCUACCAGCCAUUGCAGCAGCUCGUCAACAUCGUCCAGCACAAGCCUUGCCGGAGGAUCGGCGAACACCAGCACAAUUGGCAAAUACCUGGCGCCUCUGGUGGCGGAAGUUCAUCCGGAGCAGGCCAAUGUCAAGCCCUCGAAUAGCUACUACAAGAGUCCGACGACGCUCUCGUCAAGCGCAUCGUUGCCGACAUCCGUGUCCACGCCGUUCACGGGCUGCCAUUCAGCCUCGUCCACUGCACUGGCUGCAGGUGGAGUUACAGCGGCUAAAGCGGCUACCGCGCCGGCUGGAGCAGCGGCAACUGCGGGAGCUUCUCCGAGCUACACCGCGAUUACCUCACCCGUGAGCACACCCACGUCUGCUUUGGCAAACUCACAUCUGCGGUCGCAGCCCAUCGACUGGACCAUCGAAGAGGUGAUCCAGUACAUCGAGAGCAACGACAACUCCCUCGCAGUUCAUGGUGAUCUCUUCCGAAAGCACGAAAUCGAUGGAAAAGCUUUAUUAUUGCUAAAUUCAGAGAUGAUGAUGAAGUACAUGGGCCUGAAGCUAGGACCAGCCUUAAAAAUCUGCAAUUUAGUCAAUAAGGUCAAUGGUCGUCGAAAUAAUCUGGCACUCUAAACAAAAAAACAUUAAGUUUCAGGCAGCGGACUCGGUUCGGGUUUGACUUAUAUAGAAAUUGUUAACAAAUUAGUACCUCCCUUUAACGUAAAGCAAAGCAAACAUGAACGAUAUUCAUAGAUGUGUUAUGUGUUGGCCAUUCAUGAGGAAAGAAUCCCUACCCUAUUUUAUUAUAUUGAUAAUAUAAAACACGCUAUAACAAAUGUAAUCGCGAAGACAUGAAAUUUCCUAUACAAAAUCAAUCGCAUAACAAAUUAUACACAGCCAAGCUCCGGUUUUCAAAACCAUUAUUAUUAUUUUUUUCCAACUGCUCGUGAUUCUUUUUUGGAAUACACAUUUACAAAUUGAAUUAUUUAGGUUUAUUCAAAUUUACCCAGUCAAAGGAGUGGAGUAUACGUAUUAGUUUAACCAUCUAUUUCGAAAAAUGUGAAAUAGUUCUAAAUUGUACACAAAAUGAUUCGACUAUUUCGAAAACUGGAGCUCGGCUACCAAAAUCGCAAUGCACAUACAUUAUAUUUAUUACACAUAAACACGCACAUUAGACACCAAAAUCUAUCCGACACAAAAAAAAUGAUAAUUAACUUUAGAAUAGGCGAGAGAAAAACAAAUAUUAAAUGAUUGUACAUAUUUUACAUAUAAUUUUGUAAUUAUGUAUCAAUUGCGUUUCCUAACUAUAACACUAUUUAAUUAGUCAUUAAACAGGUUGAAGAUUUAAUUUCUAUUAAGUUAUUGAAAUUGAAUAUCAGUUUUUAGUUAAUUCUUUACAUGCAGUUAAGGUCAUUUUUGCAUAUAAGAACCGCUUCCUUUUGCAAUAUAUGCGAAAUAUAAAUGAGAGUAGCAUUCGGUCGUGUAAAGUAUUGCAAUAAGUCUCAUUAUGUUAACCCAACAUCCACUUACAAAUACAAAAAAUUAAAUAGA